GGCGGAGGGAGGAAGCCAGGCCCCUGCGGCGAGGGUGGCAGCGCGACCGACCGGGGACUGAGCCAGCCUCGCUGCUCUGAAGACUCCGGCGAGCGACCCGAGCAGCGGUCGCCGAGACCGAGACGCACAAGGGCUGGAUGUCAGAACAACAUGCUGGUCCAUUAAACUCCAAACUUUUCUUUUUUGAAACCCAAAGAAUAUCGGUGAUUUUUGUCCACUGCUAAAAGAAGAGAGAGAGGAAGCCCAGGGCGCUUGAGAUGCCGCGAAAUCCUUAUUUAUAAACAGGCCCGCGCUAGUGCUAGGGAAGCGCCCGGGGCUCGAGAGCUCUCUACCCUAUGGAUAUCAGCCCGGAGAAGCUGUGAGAACCCACUGCCCUGCCCUCCGCACUGGGUCGCACGGCCUCCGCCCUUUCAAUGCCCGGUUUCUGCGGGGACUGCUGGGCUUCCCUGGAGAUCCGAGCGGUGCUGUGUGCCAUGGGCUGCAUCCAGAGCAUCGGGGGCAAGGCCAGAGUCUUCCGCGAAGGGGUCACAGUGAUCGACGUGAAGGCCUCUAUCGACCCGGUCCCCACGAGCAUCGACGAGUCCUCCAGCGUGGUGCUCCGGUACCGGACGCCCCACUUCCGGGCCUCGGCCCAGGUGGUCAUGCCACCCAUCCCCAGGAAGGAGACCUGGGUCGUGGGCUGGAUCCAGGCAUGCAGCCACAUGGAGUUCUACAACCAGUAUGGUGAGCAGGGCAUGUCCAGCUGGGAGCUCCCCGACCUGCAGGAGGGCAAGAUCGAGGCCAUCAGCGACUCAGACGGGGUGAACUACCCCUGGUACGGCAACACCACGGAGACCUGCACCGUCGCGGGCCCCACCAGGAGGGCGACCAAGUUCAUCGUCAGCAUGAACGACAACUUCUACCCCAGCGUCACGUGGGCCGUGCCCGUGAGUGAGAGCAACGUGGCCAAGCUGACCAGCAUCUACCGGGACCAGAGCUUCACCACGUGGCUGGUGGCCACCAACACGUCCACCGAUGACAUGAUCAUCCUGCAGACGCUGCACUGGCGCAUGCAGCUCAGCAUCGACGUGGACCCCACUCGGCCCCUGGGCCAGCGGGCGCGGCUGCGGGAGCCCAUCGCGCAGGACCAGCCCAAGAUCCUGAGCAAGAACGAGUCCAUCCCGCCCAGUGCCCUGGUCAAGCCCAACGCCAAUGACGCACAGGUCCUCAUGUGGCGGCCCAAGUUCGGGCCUCCGCUGGUGGUCAUCCCCCCCAAGCACCGGUGACACCGGCCCCGGACCCCAGGUUAGACUCAGAAUAAUAACUCUGCUCAGAACGAAUCCAGAUGCACUCUUGGGUCAUUCAGCGAAAUACAACCAUUCUACCUUCUUCUCCGGUGGGUACCUCACUGUGCUGCCCCUGUGACCCACCCUUGGCACCUGCUUCCUCUCGGGGUCUGGCGACAGACCCGAGGUGCCCCGAGGGCUCCCGGUGUCUCCUGUCCUCACCCCCUUGGUCUCUCUCGUGCAGACAGCUCCCGGAAACACUGCUUGUUCUUUUCAGUUCCUCCGGUGUGGGGUUCAGGGCAGGGCCGAUGGCGGGGCUGCCAUCGGGGUGCUGGUGACCCUCCCGCCUUGUCCUCCACCACACGGCCUUAUGUAGACUCGCUUUGCCAAACUUUUGCCUUAAGCUGAAUGUAAAGGAGAAAAAAAGAUCGCAGGAUCCUGUUCCACCUCUCCAUCUGCCUCCAGAGGUGGAGGGGAAGCCAGCAGGUGCGGGGUCUCAGCCCCUCCAGUGGUGUCUGGGAGGGGGCAGAGGGAUUUUAGGCCUAAAACCAGCCGUUGCUCUUUUGUUUUGGCAGAGACAAAACCACAGGCAGAUUUCAUCCCAGAGCUUCUGGGGACGGGACUCUGCGGUGGCUUCUCUCUGUCUUUCUGCAGCCUUAACUGGCCUGCUGGCCGGAGGAGGAGUGGGGAGGCCCCGGGGCCGGCCAGUCUCGCCCCUCUGUCCCCAGGAUCCCCCGGCCUGGCCCGAGGUGAGCUUGUCCCUUUCCCUCCACACCUGUCCCAGAGGCCUGGGCCACCCCGACCCCAUGCUGACAGCCCCAGCCUGAGCCUCUGCUUCCUAAAGAGACACGUCCCUUGUCGCACCACGUCUGGAGACUGGAGUCUGGUGGCCCCGUGCCCCAGGGCCACCUCCAGGGCACUGCAGGGAGCCAGGAUCGGGUGCCUGGCUCGUUCUCAGGGGAUGCCACCCCCAGGCUGUCUGGGGGAGGCUGCACACAGGCCUCGAGCCCGGUGUGGAGGGGAGGCACCGAGGCACCUGCCAGGUACAGUGCGUGACAAGUGCUGCUGUUUCCCGACCUCAGGAAGGAAAUGGGGCCAGGCUGGGAGGGUGAAGCAGCGCGAGCCACGGGGGUGGCGCUGGGCUGGUCCUGGGUCCGCCCCCUGGGGCCCUGGGACCCAGGCUGGAGCAAAGCCAGGGUUUCUUGGCGCUGUCUGCCCGGGACUUCCGGGGACGCUCGCUGCAGCCUCCUUUUCAGGCUGCCACAGCCACGUCAGGGCCGCACUCACCCUCCAACAACCAAGCACAGAAACCGUCAGACGUGAAAAUAAUCUGUUUCCGCUGCAAAUGAGCCGCUUGUCAGGAGGCCCCUGAGGCGUGUGGGACGUCUGAUUGUCGCUGCUCCUGGGACAGGGUCUGGGGUGCUGAGUGCCCACAUCAGGGCCAGGGCGUCCUGAGCCCAGAGGGCCGUGGCCUUGCGUGUGGGGGUGAGGGGCCCUGUACCCCUGCACUCGUCCCCCGGCGGAGGGGCCCGCUCCACACUCAGGUCUUUCUUGCACUAAUGGGGAGAUGAGCGCUGGGGAGGCGACAGGAAGAGAGGUUUCAUCCCUAGCUGGGUCACUACUGAGGGGUCUUCUUCCUGAAAGUGGGGCCGGGUCCUCAAACCCACAUUUCUUUUUCAUCUACUGCUUGCUAUGUAGCCCAGGCCGGCGUCGAACUCACAGUGAUCCUCCUGCCUCAGCCUCCGGAGUGCUGGGAUCACAGGGGUGCUCCCUCAUGCCCGGCCCCAGACUGCAUUGCUUGGUUGGGAACCAGCACUGCAGGGUGCAGGAUCCUCCCCUGCAGGUCCCUGCCUCCCUCUGGCUCCCCUUCACCCCGAACGCCCUUUUCUCCACCUUCUGCCUCACUAACGGUGGGACAAGGGAGACCCCAGAGAGGCUGCGGGCCGGCCGGGAUGCCAGCUUGGGCCGAUCCCUCGGCCUCCUUCCUCUGUGGGGGCCCGGGGCGUCCUGCGCGGAGCCCCAGUCCCUCUGCUGCCCCCAUCCCUGGCGUGGAGUGGACACUCACGCCUUCCAGCAAUAAGAGCAGUCCUCAGCUGCGGCAGUUACUGUGAAACUGAACCAGGGCACUUACCAGGGGCGCAAGACGCUUGAAGACAAUGUACAGUGGACCUUUUUAAAGCUUUCAAAUGAAAACGUAAAUAGCAAAAGAAAUAAAAUUAAUUUUAAAGUAGGCCUGGCUACAGUCUGGUGUUUCUGGAGGGGCGAUUCGUAGUGGGCGUGGUGGCUGGGGUGCUGGAUUCAGGGAAGAGGGUGUGGGGCUGGUGUUGGGGUGUUAAGGGCCUGAAGGUGGGGGCCAGGAUGCUGCCUCACCUGCCCUCUGGGCAGCACCGUCUCUGCCCCAGCCAGCUGUGAGACCAGAAGUGUCCCUGGCUGGUGCCCUGGGCCCUGGUAUCUGGCACUUGGUAGGAGCUUGGCUUUUUUUUUUUUAAAUAUAUAUAU